AUGAAGCAGAUAUUGUCUUUACACCGUGAAAUUUGCAACACGCUCAACUUAAAACCCAACAGGCUACCAGAAUUUUAUCCAAAGCUUAAGGCAAAAUUAGCUUCUUCGUGGAAAGCGCAGGCGCUAUUCAAGAAGUUCGAUGCUCGAGCGAAUCACAAAGUGUAUGGAAAGGGAAAGAUUUGUCCAGAAACCAGGGUCAUGAUAAUUGGUGCUGGUCCGUGUGGUCUUCGAGCUGCUAUAGAAUGUCAGUUGCUGGGUGCCAAAGUGGUGGUAAUUGAGAAACGAGACAGACUCUCGCGCAACAAUGUUCUGCACCUCUGGCCUUUUGUGAUACACGACCUCAUGGCGCUCGGCGCGAAGAAGUUCUUUGGGAAAUUUUGCGCCGGUUCCAUCAACCAUAUAAGCAUACGACAGCUGCAAUGUAUACUGAUGAAGGUUUCACUAUUGUUAGGUGUUGAAAUAUUUGAGGGUGUAGCUUUUGAAGAACUUUUGCAACCGUGUGUAUCAAAAACUCAGGAAAUUCUAGGAUGGCGUGCGCGGGUUUCCCCGGAUCAUCCCGUAUCCCAAUAUGAGUUCGACGUGCUGAUAGGCGCAGACGGAAAGAGAAACACGCUCAAAGGUUUUAAAAAGCACGCCUUCAGAGGGAAGUUGGCCAUCGGGAUCACCGCUAAUUUCAUCAAUCGUCAUACGGAACGAGAGGCUGCGGUACCAGAAAUCAGCGGCGUCGCAUACAUAUUCUAUCAAAAGUUUUUCAACGAACUGAACGCUGCGACAGGGAUUGAUCUGGAAAAUAUUGUCUAUUACAAGGAUGACACACAUUACUUUGUUAUGACGGCCAAGAAGCAAAGUCUUAUUAAAAAAGGAGUUCUACGAUACGAUUACCCAGAAGUCUCUCGCUUGAUAAGCAAAGAGAACAUGGAUAGAGAUGCGCUGAUGCAGUACGCGCGGGAGGCAGCGCAAUACGCGACGAACGAUCGUUUGCCAACGCUCGACUUCGCUGUAAACCAAAGUGGCGAGCCAGAUGUGGCUCUGUUUGACUUUUCAACCAUGUACACGUCAGAAAAUGCCAGUAUUGUAUACGAGCGUCACGGCAGAAGAAUUCUCUGUCAGCUGGUUGGCGAUAGUCUGCUCGAGCCAUUCUGGCCCACGGGUUCAGGCUGUGCCCGCGGGUUCCUGUCGGCGCUGGACGCCGCGUGGGCCGUGCGCAGUUGGGGCCAAAACCCCCCACCACACCCCCUACUCGUGAUUGCGGAGCGCGAGAGCAUCUACAGGCUUUUGCCUCAAACGACGACGGAUAAUCUGCAACGCGACUUUGGCGCGUACACGCUGGAUCCGUGCACAAGAUACCCUAACUUGAAUCGAACGUGUGUCACCCCUAACAAAGUGACAAGCUACUACCAGUCGGAUGAUCCUUUGCCUUUGGACAUCACAACGUCCCCUAAGAAACGGCGACGAGAUCCGGAAAUUUCGCAAGAAGCAAUUAUAGCAUGGGUUGGGUACGCUGAGCCGGGAAUUCGCAAGGCUGCUAGUCCCCAAGCGCUGUACGACCUGGUCAAGAGAUACCGGCCCGACCUAUUGACAGACGAAACACCGGACACCGACAUUUAUACUCUUUUACAUGAUAACUUUGGAAUCCCGUUGUUAUCAAACGACCUGAGUGAAUUACCUGAAUCGAAGAUACGCGCUUUUUUGACGCGCGUUUUUUACGCGUUCAAGGGCGAAGUACCACAUAUCCAGCACGAUUCAAACUUAUUUAACGAGUUAAUAAUCCAGAAGAAAAACAGUUAUCGUUCAUCGGUACCCGCUUACACUUAUGCCGCGCAGAAAGAUAAAUCUCACUCUCCCAAACGAAAGCGACGGUCGCCGGGAUGCAAAGUAAGUGACGUUUUCGUUGAAAACAUUUCAUCUCUAAUCGACAAAUUAGACUUGAACGAAAUCCGACUCUUAUCACACCCCAGUACUUCAAGUGAAGAUCUUAAUACCGAUAAAAUUAACAAACUACAAGAAGAAAUAACUGCACUGUUGAAGAGGAGGGAUUCUACAGAACGAGAAAUGCUCACAAAACUUGUGGCUGAUAUGGGGCAGCGCGAUAUAAACAUUCGUUGCACUGUGAACCCCAAACAAAAUAUAGCCAAGUUCUUUGGGAGCGAAGAACGGGUUACAGUAAAACCACCGUCCAGGAAACUUAAAGGGCUCGACCCUGAAACGAUCAAACUUCCUCGCUACGAGGCCCUUUGUGGUGACCACGUGUCUAAAUACGAGGUGGAACCUAUGAUAGACAAUGCUCCAUGUAAAUUGGGACAAGAAAAAAAUAAAUCAUUUGAAGAGAUAUUACAUUAUCAAUCUAUUCCUAAUUUAAGCAUGACACAAAGCCCCACUUGGGAAAGAACAAUUUCUGAGCCAGACUUACUGGCUCUAACUAGUGACAGUGUGAGAGAAAGGCGAGAGUUUUUUGAACUGCAACGAAACAACGACACAAUUGUCCGUCAAGAUAUAGUACUUGAAAAUCGGAGUAAUUCAAUCGAAAAUCUACGGAAAUCUAUAGCGGACCUCAUAGACGGAAAGCAACCAUACAUACCCAAGCAAAUUGUAUCUAUAGCACGAGAUACUGAAUUUGAAAGUUUGAAAAAGGAGUUUUUAAAAUUUUUAUUUGAGAAGGCUAAAUGUAACGAAACGAAAACGAAACGAGAGAGACGUGGUCCCGACGAGAUAGCUCGUAAAAAGCAAAAACUUGCCGAUAUGGUGGAGAGGAACAAAGCACAGCCUUUAAGCAGCCCCGGGCGACGGAAGGCUGCUCGCGAGAUUACAAAGCAGCGGUACCAGAAGAGCCUUCAACUACUGCUGCUCGAGCCCCGCCUGGAACUGGUUUCACAGAUCGACCUGGAGAACGACUACGGGCUACAACAAUACCGGGCGAGCGCGCCCAAGUUUCAAGAACGCGUUCAGAAAUUCGAGGCGAAACUGCAACAUGGUGAAGGUAAACUCAUAAAUGAACCGUUGAAAGCAAGUAGUAGUGGGAUUCGUGUAGCGCGACUUGCUGCGGAACUUUCAAACACACCAGCCAUUCCUACACCCAAAGCUUCCAAGCCAAAAGACUUAAUGAGAUCCGUGGGGAAGAUAAGUCAUCAAGACUGGAACGUAAAACUCAUAGAGAGGAAAAUCACAGAGAAUAGGCUCGGCAGGCCGGGUCCGUCCGCUGCAGAAAGAGUUCCUAAGUGGGAUCGAGAACAAUUUCUAGGAAGACAACGGCGCCUGCAGGAAGGCGAUUCGAAUGAUGAAAAGUGGGACGAAAUCGACACCACCAUCCAAAAAAUCGACCUGAAAUUGAGUGACACCGGCCGACCCCAACAUGGUACUAAAAAGGUGGCAAAAUUGGCGGAGAAGUUCGUGAGCGGCAAACCCGAGCCUAAACAAGAGAACAAACAGAAAGAAGACUCGAAGAAAGUUUGGCGCGGGCAGUUGGCGACCGGCAAGCAGUGUCCGGUGUGUGAGGAGUGCGUGUACGCAGCCGAGAGCGUCUCCGCCGACGGUAUGCAGUUUCAUCGCGCGUGCUUCCGUUGCGCUGUGUGCAACAACGUUCUCAAACCCGGGGAAUACACGAGGGAGCGUUUCGGCGUCCGCCUUGUUUGCUUACGUCAUGCGACGGCGUAUGACGCCCUACUCGAGAACGUGGCUAAGAACGAUUACACAUACGAAACGCCACAAGUUACACCCGAAAGGAUAUUUAUUGAACUAUCAGAGGACGGCGGUCUCGAGAUAGACGAAGACGAAUGGACGGACCGAAACUUCAUUACUUCGGAGGCAUCAGCGGCGGGGGACCUAAGCGCGGAGUCCAGUCCUGAAGAUAACGCAGAAGAUCAGGAUAAUGCGGGUGAUGAUGACCAGAGCGAGCCAGCUGAGCGGCCGCCCCGCGCAGUCCCGUCUAGUCAGUUCUCGGACGAUUCCCACGGCUACGACGACUACUCAGAUGACGGCGCAGAGUCCAGUAACGAGUCGCUAUCAAACAUGCGUGAGGCACGCGAGGCGCGGCGUCGUGAGGUCCCAACGAAUGCGCCUCCGCCCUAUACCAGCAGCGAGAUGGAGACCGACGACGAGAGUGAUUCGAGCGACGAUGAAAAAUCAUCAGCAACUGAAGUGUCAACCGAUAGUGAAUUUGCCCGGGAAGAGAGUAUUGCUGUACCCGCCCCGCCUGCUAUUUUAGUCACGGAAGUUCCCCCCACAAUUGUACCGCCACCGCAAGACUACCCGCUAAGCAGGACCAAGUCAGCUGGGGGACUGGCGACGAAACGCGCUCUCGAGCUCAAGCGAAAAUAUUUAUUAGGGGAACCCAGUCCACCAACUGUCAGAAAGUCAGAAUCCACCUCCCAUAUAGAUAGCAAACUCGAAGCGUUUCGCUCGAACAUCACGGAAUUCCAGAAAAUGUUAAACCCCGCUACUCCUCUUCCCCAACCCGUUACGACAUAUCUCGCGCACCAAAUUAUAUGCGAAGAGAAGAAACCUGAAAAGCCCAUUCCGGACAUAAUUAAAAAUCUAGCCGACCAAGUCUCCGUAGAUUUGCUUACGAAAGGGGAUCCCGCUGUGAUUUCUAAAGUCCAGGAACCGAUCAAAGACGAAACCGAACCAGAUCUGGAGACAGACUCGCUAUCAGAUUCCUCUAAUUCAGAAGUCCUGCAGAAUCAAUCUGUGCCAAGGGUGGAAGUGCACGACGAAGGAGGAGAACUUAUACAGCUAGAUAGCUUAAUUCUAGUCAGUAAUGAGAUUGAAGAAGCAGAAGAGAAAGUGUCGAGAACGGCGACGUCAUCUGGACCAACGGUCGUCGCAGUCGAGUCGGAAUCUUCCGAGUCGUGCAAGGACGCCACCACAUUAGCGCUUACGGAAACAGAAUUAUCUGACUGGGCAGCAGAGAGUGUGGUGCUAGACGAAUGUGGCAUAGAUGAGAACAGCGAACUAAACCGGAACAAAAAUCCUAGAUCGUUGAGCGGUCCUAAAUUAGUUCACGAUGCUAAAAACAUUGAGAGUAUAGCUACACAUAUCUGCGGCCGGGGCAGUCCGGAACUAGUUGUGUAUUCGAAUGCCCCUGAGCACUUCGAGUUCGCAGAUGAAGGUGAUCCGGAUCCUGUUUUGGAAGCGGCAGUAACCUCUAACGACGGUUAUAUGGAAUUGGUCGACGACGACUACGAGCCAUAUUCGACUAGCAGAGACCGAUCUAUGAAUUUUAUUGAACGAGUAUAUUCCGACACUACAGUGAAAUCUGAUCCGAACGAUACGCUCGAGAAAAUAACGUCGAAUUUAUCGGAAACCCUCGAAUUUAUAGACAGCCCGGACUCAAAAUCGGAAAGCAUGUUGAACGACACAGAAAUCGUAUCCAAACCGACUACUGCGUCUAACUCUAGUGAUAUGAAAAACGAAAAGAACGAGGAGGGCGCUAGUCUUAGUGUCACUUCUAACAGCUCAUCAUAUAAUCCCAUAAGUAUAGAAGAUAGUGUAAGUAUAAACGAAGCGGUAAACAAGGCCAAAGUUCAAAUGCAAUCCAUAUCGUUAACGGCGCCACCACGAAGUGUUUUUGACAGAACCGACGUGUCUAAGAUCAACAGCGUCAGCAGGAAAAACUUUCUGCAAGAUUUCUCGCCUCCUGUGAUAAUCGAGACAAACGGCAAUGCAUCUAGUCUUAUGAUACAUCCCCUAAGUGGACCGCGGUCGCACAACUUACGAACGUACUCGCCAGCAAUUUGUCGAUCGGCAAGUGAAACAUUCACCGUGAAUUCUCGAAAAGCCAAUCCACCAGCCUGCGACAAUAACUGGUCUAUAUCGGGAAGCACGCCUACAGUGCAAAACCACGCGAGCACCCAAGUCAACAGAGUGGAAGAGCUAAAGCGGGAAAGGGAGAACCAAAUUGAGGUGGUCAAGCGGCUGGUUCUGGAACGGCUGGGCGGAGCUAAAGUUUGUAGGAAGUCUACUCGAAGAAGUAGAGUUUCACCUUCAAGUUUGAUGCCACCACCUGUCCCCCCGCCGCCCAUCCUCGCAACUCCUCCGUCGCCGCUUCUUCGAGCGCCACUUCAACCGACUCCCUUUCCAGCGGCCCCUAAAGGGUCGUCAUCGCUUCCGCGCACCGCCUUAUCCGUUCAAUCGUCGUUCUCUGAUCCAGAGCUGACCAGACAACACCGACCCAAGAGCUUCAUGAAGAGCAUAUCCAAUUAUUUCAACAAGCGCCUGGGGCCUCGACAUAAGUGUGUAUCGGAGCCGGACCUGACGACGCACAAUAAUCAAGACUACGCGUCAAGGAGGACUUUGGAAGGGCCCCCCGUGCCUCCUCCGCCGGUGGAAGAAUCAGUGAGGGAGCCCAAAGCCCCGCCGGUACCCCCACCUCCCCUUGAUGUCCCAGGACCCCCAGUACCACCGCCCCCCAUCACAAACACCUCCCAAAGACUGAGUCAAGCUAAAGCCCCACCAGUACCACCGCCCCCAGCCAGCUACGACCCACCCAGCCGCAUUGCGAGGCAGGAAGCAGAGACAGUAGCUGAAAUAUUGGAGUUGUCUGCUCGACAUAACGCGCACGAAGCGAUGAAAACAGCUGUUCGCAGGAACGAGUACAAAUGCGAAAAGUGCGGUCGCGACUCCCGGACGUGCCACGAACAUUAA